AUGGCUUCUGAAGUUUAUCGAAACUUGACCUGGGCGAAGACCAUGAGGAACCGCUGGGAACGCGAUAUCGACGAGGCUGAAGAGUUCUACCAUGUCAUUUCCAGGGUUUAUGAGGGCAGCGGCCGUAUGUUUUUUGCCAAGACCUGGUUCAUCUCGUUGUCAGUAGACGUGGGAAACGAUAUCAAACUCGAGAAAGCUGAACAGCGUGUGGAACAGGCGCUCCGCAAUGCUUGGCUACAUCUGCGAUACAAUCAUCCCAACAUCGCGUCCUGGGUCGAAUACGAUGGCGCAAGCGAGAAAUUUCGAAAGUUGUAUGAGGCUUGUGAGAAAGAGAGCGACCAGCAAGCAUGGCUUGAGUCUACUUUCCACUCGAUCUCUACCUCCGGGACUGGAAUUGAACGGGCCAACUCGGAUCCCCCUGCCCCCAAACUUCCCGCACUUUUUGUCAUCAAAUCAGACGAUCACAAAAGCAAAGACGGGACGAUUUACUCAUCUUAUCAAAUUCCAGCGUUUGGAACCGAGGUCGAUAAUCUCACCCCACCCUUACGUGUGGCGGCGUUGAUUCCACCAUCUUUGUCGGCAGAACAGCAACAGUGUCUCGAACAGAUUCUGGCAGAGAAUGCUCAGUUGCGCCAUGGUGUCGAGAUUGCUUGCCUCCCUUUCAAAGUUGGAGCCGAGCUUCCCGGAGUUCACAAGCGCGUGGCCCUAACAUACUCCCGUCAGGAUACGCAGAGUCUGCUCCUCGCUUGCAAGGAAAGAAAUAUAACCGUCACACAUGCGUAUCAUGCCGCUAUUGCUAUGGCGCUGCGAGACUUGCAAGAGAAGAGGCACGAGAACAGACGAGUAAGAUACAUCAGUUACUGUCUCAUUAAUCUUCGCAAGCAUUGUACGGCUCCUUACAAUACUCCGACACAUCCGGUAUCCGUGAUUCACUCAAGCUCAGGAAGGAGUCUCGUAGUGGACCUAGAGAUGCCUCCUAGCGAGGAAGGUGGUCAUGCAUCCACCAAGAGAAGGAACGAAUUCACUGAGGUUGUCGCAGGGGUAAGAGAUUUCUACCUCUCGAUCCGCGACGACAAAGAACAUCUUUCUCGAGUGCCAACGUACUGGAAGUCUGGAGUCCCUCGUUUGCCAGAGUCGGCACUGCUUUCCAGAGAAGUCUUCAAAGUGCCACCGCCCGAUCCGUCGCCCACAGUGUCCAUUCCCAGCAUGGGACGCAUUGACGAUAUCAUUGCACCAGAGCACGGGGAAUUCAAGCUGCAUGACCCAUGGGUAACAGGAGAAGAGCUGAGGUCAGGCUUAGGCUUAUUCCUUGGGAGCUGGAAAGGACAACUGACGUUGAGUGCUGCCUACAAUGACGCCUGGCAUGAGGGAGGUGAGGUUUUGCGGUUUUUGAAGUCGUGCGAACAGAUUGUCUGGCAGGGACUUGGGAUUGACUGCCAUUAA